GGAGCACCACUUCAUUACCAGCCGGUGCGUCAGCUGCUUGGAUAUUUACCUGUCCGCUUUCUUCACACAAGGAUUGGUUUAUAUAAAUAUAUAUAUUUUGGCUGAAUCCCAUCUUAAAGCCACACUUCGAGACACUUGUUUAAGAAGCAUCAGUCGGACUCCGGAUCGGUUCUGGGACAAGUUUCUUAAUUUCUAACAGAAACUAUCGUCGUGUGUUUGGAAGAGUCUUGGUACCUGGUUCGUAAAGAGGACUGUAAUCGACCAUGGCGAGACGUGACGCCCGAAAAUGGCAUGACUUCACAGGAAUGACCCGGCUUCUCCUGCUGGUUUCGUCUGUACUUCUUCAAAGGGGAGCGUUGGGUCAACGAGUGAAGGUGGAGCCUGAGGUUUUGUCCUAUCCUGGACAAACUGUCAACCUGCGCUGUGCCUUCACCGAUGCUGUAGGGAUUCAGCUCACAAUGGUCACAUGGAUCUAUGAACCCAAGGAAGGAGAGAGGAUCAACAUCGCAGUCUAUCACCCCCAUUUUGAAGCCAACUACCCAGAAUCACCUCUGAAAACUAGAGUCAGCUUCACGCCGAGCCCUCCAAACCUCAGCAGCCCUUCCAUUCAAAUAACCGAUGUGAGGAUGUCGGAUGAGGGGAAGUACAUCUGCGAGUAUGCCACCUACCCCAGUGGCAACGAGCAAGGCAUCACAUAUUUAGUUAUGCUUGCUAAACCCCAGAACUCUGCCUUGGCUGUCCCCGUGGAAGCAGGCACCAAGAGAGUCGUCGUGGCGCGCUGUCAGUCUACCAACGGCCGCCCUGUUGCUCAGAUCAACUGGGUGACCACCGCCAACGGAAACGCCACCACAAAGACGGAGGCAGGCGCGGACAACACCAAGUCCAUAGUGAGCGAGUACCGCUUGAUCCCCACUGCUGCGGACAACGGGAAAGACAUCAGCUGCGUGGUGACACACAGGACCCAAGUCAAGCCAGAGAGCAUCCCACUGAAGCUGGCAGUCCAAUACGCUCCCCAAGUGACGAUAGUGGGUUAUGACAAUAAUUGGUAUGUGGGCCGUACAAACGUUGUGCUCACCUGCAUGGCGACUGGAAACCCUGUGCCGCUCUCCGUUGCGUGGAAGACUAUGUCGGGAGAGAUGCCGGACACAGUUCAGAUCAAAGAAAACCAGCUGAAGGUGCUGAAGGUGGACGAGGCCGUCAACACCACCUUCGUCUGCGAGGUCAAAAACCGGAUCGGAACCGGCAGGGAUCAGGUCACCGCCUUGGUCAGAGAGCCCUCUGUCAACCCCUCCAAUGCCGGCGUGGUGGCAGGAGCUGUGAUUGGCUCCCUCUUGGCCCUGCUUUUGGUGGCCGCUCUCAUCGCGGUGCUCGUCACCCGUAGCCGUAGGCAGCAGCAGGGUUACCGAGCGAACGGCGGCACUGACAUGAAGACGCGCAUAUUCGGCGGCGGCAAGAAGGCCAGCAAGAACGGCACGAGCGGUGGCGCCGUCACUGCCGGGAUCGGGGGCGGCAACAACAACGGUCCCAUCUAUGUAUACAACGAGAGCGCCUCCCACCAGGGCCUCGGCGAGAAGAACAACCACCACCAGCCGCUCACCAUGGGGGGGCGACCCGAGGUGGUCACGACGACACCGUCUGCCCAAGACAUCCUGCUCAGUAAUGAGCUGGACGACGCAGAGAGGAGGAAGUUUGAUGAGCUGGAGGAAGACGAAAGGUACGACCACUUCAGUGGAGGAGGCCCCAUCCUGCAGCUCCGCCCACCACACGACCAGGACGAUAUGAUCGGCGAUUACAUGGAUGAUGACAUGGAGUCCCAGCGCGACGGCUCCGUCAUCUCACGAACUGCCGUCUACGUAUAGAGCGGAGGAGCGGCUAACUAAAGCAGAGGUGGAUGAUUCUUCUGGAGGAUUUUAUGGCUCAGAGAUCUUUCUCUUGUGGACAGAAAAGUGAGAAUAAACCCACUUUUAUUUUUUACUUUCAUUUUCAAUAUAGUCUUAUGAUUAAUCACAGCAUUGCUACAGACUGAGUUGAGCAGGUGGUGCGUCCACGACCCUCCGGCCCGAUCUGACUGUGCAUCCAACAUGAGAAAGCAACAUCCAUCCCCAACUGCUUCUGUUUGCAUUGCCCGAGUGUGAGCAGAAGAGUCGUGAUUCAAGUUUGGCUGACUCAUGAGUGACGCAGAGAACCGUGGAGUUGAAAAUGCAGUUGUCUUUUGUUUCCAAACUCUUGUGUGAUGUGAUCCAUGUUUUAUGUUGGGCCUUGACAGCUGGUGGUAGUUACUAUCAAGCAGUGACUUUUUAGGGUGGAAAAACAUCUGUCAGCAAAAACGCUGAUUUACACUCUUCGCUGGCUCUGCCCUCUACACUUGAAUCACCUCCUUAACCCUAAAUUUACAGCAUUUUUAAAGACCAUUGGCUUCAUCGUGAAAAUAUAAAAACACGGGAGUUUCUCCGACUCUGAAACUAGUUGCUAACAAGGUGCAAACUUUUGUACUGCGCCCGGAGGUAAAAGACGGUAAACAAGAGGAUGUGGAGUGAGGUGUAGCUGAUCUGACAGGGUUAUGGGACGGAGAGACGGGAUGUGGGAAGUGGGACGACUUUAAAGGAGCACGUCUCUUCCAUUCUCGUCCUGGAGUCUUCGAAGCACUCCUGACAGGAGGAGCUUGAUUGGUAAUGAGCCGUGAAGUUGCCCGCUUAGCUGGGACCAACAGAUUGCAACCACUUACCCUCCAUGACGUGGCAGUUCCUGCCUUCCUCCAUCUCCACCUCUCUUUCACCACCUCUGCUGGUGUUCAUGGGGACUUGAUGAUUUAUCCAGGGCAGCGUCCAGGUCAGGGCCACGGAGCACAGGAGGGUGUUUUACGGCUCCUGACGUGUCAAGCGCCCCACUUACUCUAUUAUAGACACGACGUGGUUCACUCCUCCGCCCGGAGUGUUCACGAGUGCACUGCAUGGCCCACCGUUUUCUCCCAUGUAACGCCUCUACCCGUAAUUUAUUAAACAAACAGAUGUUGCGCAACGUCCAAACGGCGGCAGUUUAGAAACGGGCUGCACCUCGCCGCGGCAAGUUCAUUUCAGAACAGCAACUCUUGGCUUUUUUUUCUGAAAUCAAAGCCUCUGCAGUUAAAGCACAUGCCCAAAAUAAUCCAAACAAUGCUACAAGGCCAACAUGCGUGGCUAAGAUCUGUAUUUAAAACUUCAAAUUUGGCUUCAUCUGACGUUUGUACAUCUGAAACUCCUUGUAGAUAAAACAGUUUUAAACCUUUGGAGCUUCCUUUUUUAGGAGUAAAAAAUACAUCCAGACACUGCUGUUAUUUUGGGUUGAAAUCAGUGGGAAACGACAACCUAUAACUGAGGGCAAGUCAGUGCAUGACAUUGACUUUUUUUAUUUUUGCUCUUGAAUUUUGUUUGUAUAAAUUAUAUGACACACAAUCCUAGAAAUUGAUUUUUUUUUAGUCAUUUAAUUAUUUUUAUUGCCAUUUAUAUAACUAGAUCACUGUCAAAUACAAAAACUAAAUUUCAGUGUCGCCUCAUGCCUCACUAAAGACAGAGUAAUGGAAAUAAUGCCAAAAAAUUCAUUGCUCCAUGAUCAUUUACAGAAUUAUGUAAAUUCGGUGCAGUUGAAACUAGCGAUGAAAUGAAAAAUAGAAAAACUUGGAGUUUUACAUGGCAGCCUAAAAUGUACUUUUUCAGCGCCCUUUUUAAUGAGAAUGCAUGAGAAGAUUCUCCCCAAUUCCAUCAUGUUUAAUCUACAGUGUCACUCCUGUUGCAUUGGACAAAACAAUCCUGAAAAGUUACAGAUCAAUUUCCAUUUUUGUGCUCGGUAGUGAGGUAUGUGGUCACAAAAUGUGAAGUCAUGUGGGCGGAUUGUCUCCUACUUGUAAUGAGGCACCAGAGGAGCUGAGAGGCAUGUGUUGCUGCUCAGCUACUCUUAAAGGCUCACAGUGGCGCGUCUGUGGACAAUCUCUGAGAGGAACCCUUCACUGCUGACCUUUAGAUCGACCCUCUUCUGACCCAACUGGCUAAAUUUUGAUUGUGAUCUCUGGGAUUGUACCGACCUGAGUGCGAGGUCAUGCUAGGUGACCCGGCGCAGAUGCAGGCUGCUCUUCUCCCUUAACCUUGAACUCUGCAGGAUGGUAACUCGUAUAGAUUUGUCAUCCGGCUCUGACGUCAAUUUCGAUCUCGAGAGAAACUAAAGAAUAUCCACAGCCGAAUCAUGACCGUACAGAAGAUAUUUUUGCACUUGUAUGUAUGUAUGUGUGUGUGUAUAACAGAUAUAAAGUGUAUUAUGUGUUUUCUAGGGGUCAAUUAUUGACAAGCGGGGCGAGCUGAUCUCUGUACAUUUUGGUGUGAGGUUUCAGUGUACUAUAUAUGUAAGCAUCUUUAUUUUUCUUGUGAAAAUGUGGAUGUUUAUCAACAUGUAAAUAUCUAGCGGACGGAGCUCUUUAAAGUGCAGAGGAACUCUGGGUUUGGAGCGAAAGCUUUCAGAAUGUAACUUUUCUUGAAUUACAGAGUGGUUUUCUGAUGUUUACUUGAUAAGUUCUCCACAUUGUUUUCAUUUGGAAAAGGCAUUUUGAAACGAUUUCAUCCAAGUCGCCAUAAAUCACAUGCCCAUGUUGUUUUAGGGUUUGUUUUCAGCUUUGCUUUCAACAAUGGAGACUCUCUUAAAUGUAAAUAACAUGACCUUAACUCCAAUAUAAACCAACUACAGCACACUGAGACCCUUUUAUAUUAGGUUUAGCUUAAACCAUUUUGGCAAGCUACUAAAGAGCUUCACAUCACAUCUGUCGUCGUGUGCCUUGGUCACACGUGCAGUUCACUUUUGAUAGGUGCUGUUGACUAUAAGCCCCCCUUAGAGCCACCUACACAGUAUCCAGCCAGUGCAUGGUGAAUCUUCGAGGCAGUGUAUGAGUCACUCUCCUUGACUGUGCGGCAUAUGCUGAACCUAAGGAGAGUGGUUUUUAAAGUGAAAAUGUUGCGGUGUGGAUUUAGACUUGGACAGCGUUGAGUUUAUCUUUGAACCAAGAGGUGUUUUCGCACCAUCAAGCACACACUUGAUUUGCACAGUGGUGUUCUAAAAUACACACCGCUCUAUUGUGUCACAGCUUGGAUGAUUGGCCUGCAGAAAUCGUCUGCGCAGAUGGAGGACACGUAUAUAUUAAUAUACUGUUUACAUGGAGGAACGCAGAGAGAAGUUCGCCCACUCACAAACAGCCCUCAGUCGUCCUCAUUAUGCUCCCUCCCACAGCCCAACUUUUUAGCAGACACCUCAUACCUGACAUCUCUGCCACAGCCUGGCUCGAGCCCACACAGUUUUCCGACGAAAACACCCGCGAAAUCGCUGCAAGUUUGUUUCUCAGUGGCCGUCCGGAGUGAUAUAGUGUCCACGGGUCAGGGCGCUUCGCCUCUUUGUCCAAACAUUUCUGAGUCGAUAAAGAUGGAGGUGAAACGCCCGUCAGCUUUUUUUUUCCCCUCCAUCGAACAUCUCUGUCCUCGCUGGGUUUUUUUUCUUGUUAUGCAGAGAAAAUAUUAUAGCUUUCAUAAAAUCUGACCACGCUGACCACACUGACCUGGUAGUUGACCUCCGAUGCUUUUAGAGAGUUUAGUCUUCUCAAUAUUCAGCCAUCGUAGCCACCCACACACAUACGCACACAGACACUGGUACGCACACUUAGAAACACACACGCGGCUUACCUUUUCUUCCAAGCAAACACAUCUAGCAACGUUUUUUUUUUUCCAGAAAACUCACCUUCAGAUUCAAAUACCUUUUCAUAUAACCACACACCGUUCGUCGACAUUCUCUCUACACCAAAACACCCACCUCCGUGCAUGACUUGUCAGACAAAAUGCCUUCAGUCCUGAUUCAGGUCUGGCACCAGGUUUCACCCUUGACAAUACAGUCCGUCUCAUAAGUCUCUUUUAUUUUUUUGCUUCUCUGUUUUCUGACUUCAAAGAUGCUGACUCAUCAAAGCCUUAACAUCUCACAUCUCACUCUCAGACAAACAAAAAAAAAAGGCGAGAACCUUCUUAUGUAUAUAGUAUAAAUAUAUAAAUAUGUAGCAGAGAAAAAGAAUUACUAAUUUAUGGUGUCACAUUUGUGUAUUUCUGGGUGACGGUGAAGCAUGAAGGAUUUAUUUUCUCCGCUUACAAAAUAUCCUCGCUCUGUUAUUUUGCAGUGCUUUAUAAUUUAUGUUUUUCGGAGUGCUUUAUUCUUGACUGCUGCGCUGUGAUUGCUGCCAACCUGCUGGCAAAUGUGCUUCUUCAAUACAAAUGAUGAACUGUACACACACACACGCAAACUUUGCCCCCUAAAAUGUGCAUUUUAUCGAUGCUUCCGUGUUUCUUUUUUUUGUCUUCUUUUACCUUGCCGUAAUGGAUUGUUGUCACCACUUGUCAUGUCUUUAUAUUUUUUCGUAUUUGGUUUGCUAUUAAAGACUUCUUCUUUUUAAAGUACGCCCAUGUUUUUCUGAUUCCUCCUCUCGCUGGAGCUAACAAGAGAUCAUUGAUUCCAACCGAUUAGAUUUAUAGAUCUAUUGAUCGAGAUGUGAAGUGGCCUUUCAGUCUGUUGUCACACAUCCUUCACACUUCAGUCGCCUCGUUCUCACCCCACCUCACUCUCAUUUCCUGGUCUGGCUGCUUCUGGUUUGCUAUUGAUCAAUGUGUUUGUGUGUCAACAAAAGGAUAAUAACAGGUUUAUAGGAAGCUGAGCUCAGGCAAAAACGUCAUUCACGGAAUUUAAUAACCCCCAGGCUCCGCCCAUCACCUCCUCACCUCACGUGUGCGUUUGAUCUGGGUGGUCAAGAACACGCUGCAUGGUAACCAGCUAUUGGCUGAAAAUGUAUUUAGAACUGUUGUUCAUGGGAAACUAUACUUUUUGCUGGCCUUGAUCAUGACAGCAUUUCAGUUUUAAACUAGAAAAGCACUCGGAGCGUGCAAACUUCCGCCACUUCAGUCUACCCCCCAGCACAAUCUCCUGACAAUGUAUCCUUCAAAAAAUGUGUUCAUUUUGGUGCAUGAGCUAGGUUUCAGUGAAACUGUGCUGAGGUUGCCUUUGAAGUUUAUAGUUAAAUCUUAAAAACUGUCAGAAAACCCUUAACAUGCAGGAUUCUCCCCGGUGCUUUUGCAGUGUAGGGUCCCUUGUGUUGGGUUUUUGACCCCUAGCCUUCCCCUGCGUAGUUGUCUGCUGUUGUCAUGAAGUGUGACCUUCACCCAUCAGUCUUAGAGGACUCUGCCUUUUAUAUAAAGGCUGUUAACCCUUUAGGCGCUACAUUGCCGGAUUUAAACUAACCAAGCUGCAAAUAUGAAGCCUGAUGUAGUUACGCCUGGUACUGUCUGAGCAACAUUUGUGGCCGUGUUCAUAAACCGCCCCCCGAUUAAGAUGACGAGGAAGUCUUUUUAAUCGCGUGACAGAGAGUAAAAAGGGCAAAUUAGACUGACUCAGAUUCUGAGGUGGAAUUUUCACUGACAAAAAUGAUGGUCCACCUGCAGGACAUAUAGAUGCCCCUAUUUCACAGAGACUUGAUGGAGGCGUGGUCAAACACCUCUUGUUGGGAAUGUAAAAAUAAUGCAGAAAUGGCUGCAGUUGCUGGAGAAAGUACACUGCGAAUAGGUAUAGUGGAGGAAGCAGUGACGUUCACAGUGACAGUGAUACCCAGGUGCUUAAGAGGAAGAGACGAGUGUCACCAGUGGAUCGGAAAAACAUCUCUAUCUUCAGUUAGUUGGGGCAUACUGAAGAUUUUCCUCAUUUACAGUAUGCUUUGAUCUCUUACUGUUUUCAAACUACAGCCUAUUGCAAUAGUGAUGUUGAAGUUACGCAGAGAAAUCCUGACAUCUGUUGCCCUGCAGUCACAUUUGUAAAGUAUUGACGGAAACUAAGGCGACAUUUAUCCAGUAGUUCUCCCACUCACGUCUUGUUUUCUGUUGUUCACCUGCACUUGAUUCACCUCAGGAAAGUAGAAGGAUACACUGUAAUUCGCAGCGCACUUCAGUGAUUGAGGCUUUGGGACACAGUUGGCGUUUUCGGGAACGUUCCGGCCAAGUCAUAAUUGGAUGAUGGAAGAGCUUUACAAAGUUUCCACUUAAUUCUUAACUAAAACAAGAAGGCCUCACUGAGGUUUAUGGGUUUUGUGUGUUGGCAUGUGACGGCGAGUGUUCCCCAGUGUGCACCGACACCUGCCUGGCUCGGAUGACACACCGACCCUCCACAUGAAUUGAUCCAAUCAGGGUUUGGGCCGCCGAAAAUGCGGCACAGUCGUGACAGUUGGUUUACGGCGCUCGCCGCCGGUGUGUCCUCCAUGUUGACGGCGUUGUGUAAUUGUGCGUCAUCUUGGCUGCUUGUCAUGGUCGAUUUUAGUGGCAGGCUUCUUCUGACAAUGCACAGCUAUUUACUGCGAGUCCAGCCCACCAUCUGGACCCUCUAAUUGCUUUGGAUCGGAGGCUGGCGAGAUUGAAAGCACUUACGCGCACAGACAAUCUGACUCCUUUGGUUUUCCCAGCUAAAUAUACCAGGCUGCCGCGUGGCAGAGAGGCUUUUAAGCCGCAGUGUGGAAUAAAAGCUCCAACACUUGCUUGUUUGUCGCAGACAAAAGGUAUGAAUGUGGAAGCCGUGACCCAGUAAUGCAGAACCAGGUCCAUGUGAGGCCCCCUGCAUGUAACCUGGAAGCAGAGCCAAAGUGACAGCAGCUCUAUCUGGCAGCGGCAGCAUUAGCGCAGCGUGAUGAGACAUGCUGCUCUGCCCCGGGGGCGAACGCCGUGCCGGCGGUGGCCCUGUCAAUUCUCAGUUUUAGGGUCCGCGGUGAGCUCAAGAACAAGUCGAGCAAGAGCUUGGAGUUUGAGAGACACCCUGCAUGAGCGCCAAAACAAGGGAGUCGGCCAUAUUGUGGCAGCAGUAACGCUUUCAUACUGACCUCAAGUCACUCAGUCCAGUCUUCAGUUCUUGAGCCUCUGCAGCCAUUAAAAGUACAUUAGUGAAUCUAAGUCGGAUGCUGGUGUGUGUGGGGGGGAAAUAUCUGCGUGUGUGGUGCGUUUGUUCAUGACUGCAGCUUUGUCAGCUAAAGCUUACUGUUGAUUAAACUUUGUGUGUGUGAGAGAGAGAUUAGCACACAGAGCUAGUUGGAGCUCUGGGCUGAUAACUGCUAACACAAUACUCUUCAUUUAACCUCUUGCCCUUUGGCUCCAGACCUGACAAAUAAAUCCCAGCGUGAGUGAUAAAUGCUGCAGUCUGUUUCGAGGAUGUGAGUGAUGGACGCGGUGACCCGAGUGACCGCAGGGAGACCGGCAAAUGUCUGACCUCAAUUAUGAAAGUGGCUCCCUAAAUGCCUAUUAAGCAACACUAUUCUACCUGUUGGCAAAUGCUGGGUUCGGAUUUUCCUGCCGCUGAAAAUCCAAAGCAAAUGUCAAUACUGUUAACUGGAUCACCUCUACGAGGUACAGUUGCUGAACGUUUUAGUCCCAUUCACUUCAGUCUAAGUACAUUAAUAAGAACUUCACAUUUUUAUUGCAUUUAAAGUCCAAGUCUUGCCAUCACUGACGACGGUUUUGUCUCCAAAUGAUUAAUUUAACUCGUGUUAACUAGACAUAAAUGAUGCAUGACGUCUUGAUGCCUUGGGUUUUUGAUAUGAAAUAAUAAAUACUAGUGUUUUCUGGGGAUGCAGGAGCAGAUGGGUAUCGAGUGCUGACGUAACCUGAAGGUUAUCUCCCCUCCGUAAUGACGUUCCAGUCCUUCACACGAGUCACGCUCUUAAGUAUUUUCCCCGACCUCCAAAUGCAGUUUCACUCAAAUCAAGUUUGAAUCAAUACGUGUCCUUGAUUUAACACAGCCGAGGAGUUUGUUGCCGGACAACCUCAAACGCUGGUUUGUUGGCGGAAAUCAGAUCAUAUCUGUGCUUAGACGCCGAUGCGGUGUGUUGUCCGUUGUUUUCCUGCUUUGCUGAUGGAGGGAUUUUGAUUUAUUGAGGAUAGUAGUUUAAGUAUUAGAAAUCCUUUUGUAUGAGAAUAAUUGCGAUCAAUCUGUACCUGAACUUUCCAGCCGGAGCUCUAAUCUCCACCAGGGAGAGGCGGGAUUGAUUUUAAGAUUACACGCUGCUUUAAUUUGAAAACCUGCUCCUUAUCAUGGGCGAAAACCAAUGAUGCUGCUGCUGCUGGCAGUUUGUUGUGCACAUAUGGAAGAGGUUUCCAGAUGAGGCUUGAACUGAAGUUGUUCGACCAGCAGCCUCUUGAGCCCCGAGUGAUGUAUUAACAAGUAUUGAUUCAAGAAAUGUAAAUGCCAAUUCAGUGUCCAAUUAUUUCUUCCGACCUGUGACAGUUCGCCACCGACAGGUUCAUUAGAGGAAGUGCAGAUGCACGUUGAAGGCGCCACAUAUGGCUGUUCAAACCCAAAUGUGGAUUCAGUUGUGCUUUGAUUUAUUAGAUCAGAGGUGUCUGUCAAACCAAAAAAAAAAAAAAAAAAAUACAGUCGAGUUCUCCGGCUUGUGUUUAAUGCAGGUUGGCUUUUGUAACUGUCAUCAGUGCUUUUGAUGUUGCAGUGCGAUAUGGGAUUUGUUGCGUGUCGGCAUUAAAGCAAGGAGCUGGAACAGUAGCAGCCUGGCUGUUAACUGAAAACAGUUGUAUGUGAAGAGUUUUAGCGGUAAAACAAACGCAGUCAGCGUUUAUACGUGAAAUGAUGGGAGCAGCUCACACACACUCAUUAAAUGAGUCCUGAAUCCGAGUGAAGUUAAUGUGUCGUUUAUUCAUCAGUUUGAGUUACGACAUUCCGUUACGUGGCUUUUUACAGCGCACUCAAGUGACGUCACGUACAGCGUAUAUAUUCAGGUAGUUAAACUUCACUGGAGUCGAUUUCAGCUUAAGUGAAGGAAGAUGUACUUGUCUUUGUUGGCGUCGCACACGGUGCCAGAAUUAUGGUCCACAGUAACAAGUGAAAGCACAAACGUGAAUUCACUGGUGGUGGAGAGAUUGCAGACUAGAAUCUUGGCUAAUACAGCCAUUAAUUUAAUCACAUUUUCUUUUGAUAUAUAUUUCUUAAUGUCUUUUGUUUUGAGGAACAAGAAAUGCUGAUGUAUUGCAUAGUCAUAUAAUAUCAAUAUACUGAGCAAAGAAAAGCAAACUAAGACCUCAAAUAUCUGAUGAAUUUGUUUUGAGAAUUCUAAUGGACAUGUAAGAUGAAAUACAGUCAAUGGAUCCUGCAGAUUUGCUCUGACCUGACAAGGGCAUAAAUCCAGGCAAAGGACCACAUCUGGCCCACGGCCUGCACUUUGCCCUCUUCCGAUUUAGUCUCACAUUUGCCAUGUUUAACUCGGUUAUUAUGACGCACAACAGGUAGGUCUUGCCUUUGUGAUGAGGCCGGACAUACUCUCCCACAGUGUCGCUCAAGGGCUUGUGAGCUCAACCACAGACACACAAGAUCUUGAAAAUACCUUGAAAUAUGGAUUAAAGUAAUUGCAGCAAUUAUGCUGUUAAGCUCCACCGUAGCAUCAAUUGUGGGGAAAACAUCAUUAAGGAAAGACACCUAAAUUGAAGAUGAACUAAUUCAGAUAGGGAGGAAGGAAUGAAACAAUGCCGGUGCCCAGAAUGUGCCGAGGCGACGGCAUCCGCUGAUCUAUAGUACGUUCAGUUUGCAGACUUUUUAUGUACUUUUUUUCUCCUUCGUAAGGUCGUUCAAGUCAAUCCUGAAAAUACUUUCCCUCUUGCGGGGUUUAGUUACCAAGUGGAUCAAGGUGAAGAGAAGGUGCAGUGAAAAAUGGCGUCGUAAAUAAUCUCAGGAAAUCGGAAAUGGUAUCAUUUCUCAUCUUCAUGCCGUAAACAAUAACAUCCGAUAUCCUGGUUUCUGGUCAUUCAAUUGUGUUCUGAAGUGAAACACACACACACACACACACACUGAGGAAGUGAAUGCUCCUGUUUCCCCUGGAGGCAGUGGGCUCUUUACUCUUCCUGUCCUGGGCUGACAGGGCGGCGGCUUGUUCUUGGGCGGAAGAAGCUGGACUCCCGUGGGGGUUCGUUCUCUCCACCGACUGCAGGCAGGGCAGAAUAGUCAGCGACGGCGGGACGGGGCAGUGCAGGGAGUGGUCAAGAUCUGGCGUGAGGAAGUCGACCCGCUUCUGGCGUUCUCUCAUCAAAAUGUGCCGUUUCAGCAUCUUGAACAGAUAUUGCAGCCCCUGCAGGAGUCUGGUAGACGUGGAGGUGGACGUGCCUGUCAGUGUGUAGGUUAAUCAUAGCUACGAGUCUUUCCUCUGCUCUAGAUCGAUGGUCAAGAGAGCGCAGGACCAACACUUUACCAUUGUCUGUCAUUUAACCCAGGCUCCUGAGGUGGGUGGAGCCACAGUGGGUUGCAGUAAGCUGGUAGUCCUCCUUGUGUUGACAUCCUCGACACUUGUUUUGGUCUCAAGCAAGAGCCAUGCUGAGUUAUUCAAAUGUUUUUCAAUAUCAAUUUCAAACUUGGUUGAGAGUUGGCUAGCCUAGAAAGGGAAGUGGACCUGUCCUUGUUUGGUACACCCUGGACUUGACUCGGUCUUGGGUAAGAUUGUCUCCAUUAAAAAAUGGUGAGGCAUUUUCAGGAUUUAGACAGGUUUCCCGCAUCUGAGGGUCUAAGCCAUGACCCGCUUGAGGUAUUAUUGCUCCCCAGAAAAUCCACACGGUGGACCAAGGAGCCUAAAGAUACUUUUUGUGUCUGAGGCAGAUCCAUGGUCUUUAUAUAGUGUUUAACCCCAGCGCAAAGUGCUGCCCAGGGGCCACAUCUGGCCCGUUGCCUGUGGCCCUUGUUCCUCUCAUGCAAAAUAAAUGGUCUUUACUGUAUUUUCUAUCUUCUUCUUCUAUUACCAUUUGCACUGAUGCUGUUGUUUUUCUUCUCCCAUAGCUAUUUUAGUCUUAAUGAAAUAUUGAAUUCUGAUUCUUUGGUGAGUCGUGCUGUUUAUAACAUUAUUUCUUUUUACUAAAAUUUUAAAUUGGAAUCAUUUAAUGUAUUUUAAAAAUGCUUCUGCUUUACAGCAGUUACAUACAUCUAACAGUAGGCACUCUUCGUCUCCUUUUGUAAUAAUAUAAAUAUUACGUUAGAAAUAUGAAUUACAUAUUACAGUAACUUUUUAGUAUAUAAAUAUUAUGAACAAAACAGUUUAAGAUACUUUUUCAUUUCACCCACCCUUGGUUCCAUCUUGCUUUUCAUUUUCAGUUCAGAAUCCUACAGCACAGGUGUGACACGAAUGUAAAGGUGCGGAGGCUGAAACGGCUGUUUCAUGAGUACUGUGUAUUGGCAAAAACUACUGAUCUUUCUGGAGUGCAACGUCGUCCUACCACGAGUUGCUUUCGUGUUGACUUGUGAAGAGGUUUCAUGAAAUGGCGUGAUUAUUUUCAGAACAGAGUAGGUGAUGCUGCCUGUUUAAAAUUGUGAUGUUUCUUUGGAAAAGUCUGUUCAAACCCACAGAUUAUGAAGUGAAGACAACCAUCAAGUGAACUCUGAAACCUCAUCAACCCAUCACUAGUGUUACCUACACCUGUGUAUUUCCUCAUGGUGCUGUUCUGCACUCACUGUGAUGGUGUUCUGUCCACCAACUAUUGUACAUGCAUUUCUGCACCUCUAAUUUUCCUCAGGUUUUGGGAUAAAACUGUUGGGAAAUGUGCCCCCCAUCUCUUCUCUUACUGUCUUGGGUUUGGGUGUUGUUCUAUACUGUGUGGUGUAAAAAAAAAAAAAUGUGAUGAAUCCCAAGAGGCCGUGCCCCGGUCUGCUGAGUACGAAUGGGUUAUGAAUUUAGACUCACGCAAGGCGCUAAGUAAUGGAGGAAGAGCGGAGGAGUUGAAGAUGGAAGGGAUUACGUUUGGAAAUGGCUGGAAGAACCAUACAUGGGUGAGUUUUUGCAGCUGUGUUGAUUUAGCUCCUCGCAGAUCAGAUUGGGAAAGAGCGGGGAGGGAGGAACAGGAGAGAUUAGGGAAGGGGGAGACGUCGCUGACCUUAAACCACCUGCUUAAACAUCGGCUCUGGCGAAAGAUUCCAGUCAGAUGAAGGGGAGGCCAAUUAAUUUUCCAAGAAACGUCAAGCGAAUGACUGGACUAAACAUUAUCACCUGAUACGAAAAUCUCUAUAUAACACAUUAGAAUGAAGACUCUGAUCUUUGUUGGCUAAAACGUUCUGACAGGUUUUUAUGCGGUUUACUGUCGGAUUUGGUGCUGAUCCGGCAGGUGGGGUCAAAUGUGGCUGCAGGGCCACAUUAAGCUGCGUGUGUCUGCGCACGUGUGCGAUCAAUGUUCUCUCCUUUCAUCGCUGUACCUGGAAGACGAUCGUGUUCAGUCAAAAAAAAAGGAAAAAGACUGAACACAUUAUGACCUCCUGUGAGAGAGAGAGAGGGAAUGAAAGAGAUGCAUAUCUGGUAAAGAAGCGUAUUUUGCCGCUCCCAAGAAUAGAUUCUGUGACGGAAAUGAUUUUUGAUGCUGUGCGCGACCUUGUGUGUGUGUGUGCGCGUGUGACUGCAUGUGCGAGUGUGUGUGUGUGCGCAUUUGCCCUGAAGUGCUUUUCAGAUCAAAUGCACUUGCUGUUUAAUUCACCGUCUCAACAGGCAGCUCUCACAAAGACCGCGCACCCACUCAGGCACGUGCUCGUCGGCUCACACUGAUACCAACACAAGGAGAGGGAGAUGAAUGUACAGAUAAAAAUAAUACAAAUAUUUGGGCUGGCGGACUUGAAGAAAUUCUCCCGCUGACAGCCAAGUCUGUCGUAAUCUGCGGGAUGAUUGUCGCCAUGUUCGAUGGUGCGGAUGCUCGUCUGCGCUGCGUGUAUUCCUGGACCAAUUAGGAUUGUACACCACCGGUGCACGUCUAAUAAUCAUUAUGUGGCUCCGUUUAUGAGAGGGUUGAAGGAGCAACGCAGUCUGAUGCCGCUGACAAUUGGCUUGCUGUUGAGGAAACGGCUGGAACUUGUCACGAUUCAUGAUAUUGAAACGAACAAGUGAGUCGUAGGUUGAAUCCAUGGCCCUUUGCUGUCCACCUGCUUCCGUUUACACCUCAAUAUGAGUGUGCUGAGUGGAUGUGAAGCAUGUAUGAGCUCCGAGUUUGAGAUAUUUUGGCGUGUGUUACGGGCCUGUAAACUCACUUGCCUAAGGCUGGUUCACAGUUGUGUGUGUGAUCUGUGGGCCAAGUACAUCCAGAGUGUGAUCCAGCGAUUAUUUGAGGUCAGUCCUGGGCGAUAUGUUGGCUUGUCGCCCUGUCUUAUCUGUGGUGGUGAUAGAUGUUGGGAGAAAGGUCACGCAGCAGAGAGAUUCACAUCUGCAUUCAACGUGCUCUCAGACGUGUUGAUGGGCCGAGAACUUUCAUAUACUUUUGUAGAAGUCAGUCCAAGAAGGUAAACGUGUCGUGACCUUUUCAAUAUUAGUGGGCAAAGAACACUGGGGGGUGAAAGGCUUCUUGGCUGAGGAGAAACUCCAGCUUAAAAAUUCUGUCUUUUAUGGAGGAUUACAGAAGUGUUUCACUUAAAGUUGAAGUGCGGCCGGCCGAGGACUUGACCUUGGUUUUCGGAUUAAAUACUGAAGGUUGUGGUUGAUCCAGAUGAAGAUUCAAGGUUUGCGUGAUGCUAAUUAGAGCUUUCGUGCGCAUGUGAAGCGUGUUUAGGAUGUGAUGGUGUGAGGAGUAUUUUAAAUGGCUUGCAUACAUUCCUGUUGAAUGCUGAUACUCCCUGGUGCUGUGCCGUGCCAGUCUACACUGCAGCGAGCACUGAAGUGAUGGAGAAGUGGAGCGUCUCCUCCAGUGGCUCAGAGUGGCCGCUUCUCCCGUGGGCUUCUGGUUUUCUCAGCUUUUUAACUUUGAUGUGAACUAACAUAGCUCCAAGACUGUCUGCUGGAAUUGUGUCUCUGUCCGCUUGUGUACCUGUGUCUGGCCCUUUGUUGUGUCCCCGGACUCUGCUGCGCAUUCAUCUGCUCUCUUAUCUCGAAAUCUUAUAAGUGGUUAUCACCUCCUCCGCGCUAUCGCCUCAUCGUCUGCUCCGACCUAAAUGCCAGACUGGCCAGCACGCUUUUCCUGUGUGAGUUAGUGUCCUUUUAAAUACCGCAUCUAAAUUGUUCAGCAGGUUCUGCGGCUGGAGAUCUGAAAUAUUGAUGCGUCUGCAUGCUCUUAACUCAUUUCUGCAACAUCUGCAGACGUUUUAAAGUCUAAUUCCUUCCUCAAAUUACUGACGUCCCGUAAUAACUCACCUUGGUAAAAGCACUUUUUGUCGUCCCUCAAGCAUACAUCAUUAGAAGAGUGUCAGACAGCCUCGCAUUACAAAUGUCUGAUUUGCUAAUGCAUCCCAAGUUUCCGAGGUCCUUUCCCACUUUCCGGACUUGGGAUUCAAAUGUCAAACUAUUGCUCUUAGCCUUAGCCUGGUUCUUCAUUCACGAAAUGUGAAUCGGAGACGUGUGAUGUGUUGCAAUCGACAGGAUGCAUGUUGCAUGUUAACAGAAACUAAGGAUUAAAGAAACAAACCUCACUGCAUUCAAGUCAUGGCCAGCUUGACUCUUGACUACAAUGAGACCCAAUACUACUCUCAAAGGCCCCAUAGGGAGCAGGACUGGGCUGUACAUCUUGGGUUGAUGGUAGUUGUCAUCAUGGAUGAUUCAGGGUCAAUAAAAAAGAACGAACAAACCAAAAAAAUGAGUACAGUUUAAGCUUAUAUGUUUAUUGUAAUAUGGAUUUGAAAAUUCAAUAAAUAUCUCACACUUGAAAUGAAUUAAUGUCGCUUACAUUAAUAAUAAAUGUUCUCUUCGCUCGGUGUGACAUGUUACUUAAAAUAGAACUCAAUAAAAAAUAAAAUAGAAUUUAGUAUUUUAGUUGAAUUUGUAAAUAAGCUUCAACAUGAAGUGCUCCAGUGAUGAGGUGCACUACAGAAAGUGCAGUGAUCUUUGGUGCUUGUAUGCUGCGGAUUUAUAAACCGAACUUUUCCCUUUCCAGCAUUCAUUCUCCUUCUUCAUGAAUGUUUUAGUCAUGGCAUCAUAUAAUAUAAUGUGGUGCACUUGCAGUUGGUGACUGAAAAAUGUUCCCUUCAGAAGAAAUGUUAUACUCGAUUAAUCUGGGCUUUUGGAUCGAUUAUUUUGGUCUGUAAUUAAUUCAUCAGAAUUCAUCUGUUUCUUGUGAUGUGACACAAAAAAUGUAAGUGAAUUUUAGGUGAGACUCUAGUGGGCUGGCGGGAAUGUGACACUUGUCAUUACUUGUUUGAUAUCCAUGAGUGAGGAAUGUGUCACGGUCCAGAAACUAGUCAUUAGCACCUAAGUAUUAAAGAGUAACCUGGUGAAACAUCUUAAGUUGUUUCUGAAAUUCCACUACACAAGUCAGAGCUGUAGGCAGAGUGAAGUCAUAAAUGCCUUUGAGUCAACUCGCGACCCCUCAGUGCUCCUGUCAAGGUCAAGCCACCAUCCCCUGAGUCCGGGAGUCUGAAUCAAGCUGCGAGUCAUUGUAGCAACUCCAGAAUAUGAGACGUAGACAUUUGAAGCCCAGUAGACAAUCGCAAGGUGGUUGUGGUCAUUGUGCUGAAACGCUUGGAAACACCUGUCAGUAACAUGGGCAGUGAAUGCAUCAGCGCUACAAUGAGAAGAGGUUGAGGAGAGUGAAGAAGAGGGAGUGAGAGGGAGAUUAAAAACAUGGCUCAAAAGCACCUGAGCAUUGUCAUUCGAAGCACACCGAUGCCCCUCCCCCCCCACCUCUGUUGUCUAACUGUUGCUGUAGGACUGGGAUUGAAUGGAAUUGUCUGGGGAUCACAACAGGUCUUAUCUUAAGAGGAAAUUAAAUGUUUUUCAAAUUUGCCUUCUGGCGUCACCACACUACGUGAUGUGUUUAUUAACACUGUCAAUUUCCACAAAUAUCAAGGUGAUAUUCGCCACCUCGACUGUUGGAACGCAGCUGCAGUCGUCACCCAACCUGGGUCUCAACUGCUCCUAGGAGCGGCUGAAUUCCACUCCCAUGGUUUAAAUGUGAUGGCUGGACUUUCUUUGUGUGCAACAGCAAGCUGUGAUAAUACAAAAAUGACUUCUGGGAAUUCACCAGCUGUGUGAAUGCACCGUGCAGUACGACAUUUAUUUUUGUUCCGCUACGUUUCUGAAAACAUUAGGCUCCGCUCAGUUUUUGUUUUUCGAGUAUGAAGAAUGGUCAUGUCAUGACUCAUCAGUUCUGGAGUCUGGGUCAAGUCGCGAUACCCCAAGCUGAGAUUUUAGACAGGAAUACUUGAGCACGACUCUGAGCACAAGUCAGAGUCAUAGUCUGCUAGUAAUUGUGACUGCGGUCCUCCACUUUGCUGUCUGGUUCUGUGAUGGUUGCAGCUGAAUACCACACAGUGAUGGAGGACGUGACGACCUACAUCAUCUGAAGGAGGUGACAUUUCCUCAGUUGACACAAGUGGUACGUUUGUCUCUGGGCCUUCGAUAGAAGUGUUCCGAUUACUGAGUGAAACUCAGAGUCAGGAAUCAUCUAGAAUUGAGUUGACUCAACAAGCAGUUCGAUUGAUGAUGCAAGUGAAGGGGCAGGUCUGACAGGUACGAUUGAGUCACAGAUGGUACCUAGAUCAAAGAGCAAUUCGAGUCAUGACUAUGUUUGAUCAAGUCCAAAACCAUCGGUUUUCAGGCAUGAGUCAAUUCACAUCAUUCGCGGGGGGAGAAUGAUUCAGUAAAAGGUGUCACCCCUUCACGAGUCAAUGUUUUUUUUUUAGAUAAAUCUGCUUUCAACUCACCGGUGCUUUAGUCAAAGCAAAUGUGUGAGUCAUCGCUUCUCUAGUCAGCUGUCAUUCAAAAGUGAGGCCAACAUGAGAGCACCUCAGAUGCACCAGAAUGUAUCAAAAUAUUUUCAAGAAUGUCGAGACAUUGCACUGCAGUCAAAGUCACCAGCCAAGUGAUGAUGAGUGAUGCUCGGUAAAGUUGUGACUCACCAGUGUUUGAGUCAAAAGCCGAUCAUGCGGGCGACAAAAUCCCAAACAUAAAUACAAAAAUCAUUUGUUGUCACAUUAUUAGCUCAGUCUGAGUCUAACCACAACACUGACAGUCAAGACGGUCCUGUCCUGAAAAUGUGCUCCCCAAGACCGGUCAACAUCAAAUGACUCGAUGGCUAAGUCAUGUUUUAGUUCCGGUCAGCUUGAGUCACAGUCCCCUCAAGGCUCACCCGCUCUCAAGUCUGAGUCAAGUUCUGAGACAUCAGCCCUCACAACCAAGUCGCAAGACGUCAAUGCUGGACUUGAAAAUGACCAGGGCUUUUCAUACAUGACUGUAUCAAGUUGGUGGACAGCUGGUGCCAUCAGUCAAGAUGGCUGAUGAGUCUGGCUUGAGUCAUGGUCUGGUCCAUAUAUAGUUCUAUGAAUAAUGACCGUUUUGUGAAGCGACUUGCUAAAGCUGCCUUUGAAAUGAGUUUCCAGGCUGAGUGUUUGAUUCUAUUGUCUUGUUUGUUGUGCCUGUGUGCACUUGGCAACCUCAGCAGUAAGGAGGCACGCCGUCCUCAACAUGGCCUCACCAGCGGUGUGUGUAUCGACACGCUCCUCCCAAGUCAGCGCUUUAUUUAUCUGAGCAAUACACACAGUGGCCAGGUAAAGCCCCGCUCGUUCAUCCUGGCCGCGCUGAUAUAUGGAGCUGUUGCAUCCCGACACCACACCACUGCAAGCCUCCUGCUCCUGCAUGUAUCCUGCUGCCUGUGGAGGUGCGAACCUGCCAUUUUUCCCACUUCUCUUCCUGAUCUUCCUUAACUCUGGUUCCACUUGGCUGCGUCUCAGCUCUUUGUCCAAGAUUCAUUAAUGCAAAAAAAGUGGAAGAAAUGAGGGGAAAUAAGAAAUUGAGUUUUUCUCUUUUUAUGCUGACAGUACAAUUACAUCGCUUUGGAUUUCUUUUGCAUGUAGAUACGAACUCAUUUUUUCAUUUCCAUAAAGAGAAAUGAGUGUCAUUUUAUUAUUGCAAGACUUCAUAUUGAGAUGCAUGGACUCGCAGGCCAUUUCCAUAACAUGGGUUACCACUUGCUUCACUAUUGAUAGGUAUUAACAUACAUUCAAUGUUUUUAUAACAUUACGUUUAAAUUCACCCAAUUCAUGUGUGAACUAACCUGGUGUUGGACUGUUCUAUUAAAAAAAUAUUGACACCUUAGAGGGUCCAGAUGGAAAAGAUCGAUGUUAAAAUUGAAGAAGAUGAAAGCCUUUUUCACUUCUUUGACCAGAGAUUAUAUAAAAGUAGCGCAGAAUGGUGUAACUCUUGCAUCAAGACCAGCUAGAGGAAAUGAUUUAACCCCUCUCAGAUCACUCUCGUCCUGUAUGAUGCUAUCUUUUGAAGCAGGGGAUUUGAACGCAUGAUUGAUGUUUCCUUGGGAGAGAAAAAUACGCUUUAAUUCAGUGUUUUCAGAGAAGUGACAACAAAUGACAACACAAUUACCUGGAAGGUGUUUAGUACACGUUUCCAGUGAUACCAUGUCAGAGUUUUGACAAAGUUUUGGAUGGAAAGAAAAGAG